AAUCCCUCUUUUUCUCCUGGAUUUGUGGAUGCACCGAUGAGAGAUCCAGCCUUCCCAGGGACUGCCAUGGCUUACCACCCCUUCCACGCACCCCGGCCGGCCGACUUCCCCAUGUCCGCUUUCCUCGCAGCCGCCCAACCUUCCUUUUUCCCCGCUCUGGCUCUGCCUCCGGCGGCGCUGGCAAAGCCCAUGCCGGACCCCGGGCUGGCCGGGGCGGCCGAGGCCGGGCUGCACGUCUCGGCCCUGGGACAUCACCAUCAAGCCGCCCAUCUGCGUUCGCUCAAGAGCCUGGAACCCGAGGAGGAGGUCGAAGACGACCCCAAAGUAACGCUGGAAGCCAAAGAGCUUUGGGACCAGUUUCACAAGCUGGGCACCGAGAUGGUGAUCACCAAAUCCGGGAGGAGGAUGUUCCCCCCGUUCAAGGUGCGGGUGAGCGGCCUGGACAAGAAGGCCAAAUAUAUUUUGCUGAUGGAUAUAGUGGCGGCCGACGAUUGCCGGUACAAGUUCCACAACUCCCGCUGGAUGGUCGCCGGCAAGGCCGACCCGGAGAUGCCCAAGCGCAUGUACAUCCACCCCGACAGCCCGGCCACGGGGGAGCAGUGGAUGGCCAAACCUGUUGCCUUUCACAAGCUCAAGCUCACCAACAACAUCUCGGACAAGCACGGCUUUACCAUCCUGAACUCCAUGCACAAGUACCAACCCAGGUUCCACAUAGUCCGGGCCAACGACAUCCUCAAGCUGCCCUACAGCACCUUCCGCACCUACGUGUUCCCCGAGACCGACUUCAUCGCCGUCACUGCCUACCAGAACGACAAGAUCACCCAGCUGAAAAUCGAUAACAACCCCUUUGCCAAGGGCUUUCGGGACACGGGCAAUGGCCGGCGGGAGAAGAGGAAGCAGCUCUCGCUGCCGUCCCUGCGGAUGUACGAGGAGCCCUGCAAGCCCGACCGCGACGGCGGCGAGUCGGACGCCUCGUCCUGCGAGCCCUCGGCCGUGCGCGACGCCCUCCACUCGCCCGUGGGCGCCCUCCCCAGCCCCCUGCGCCUCAAGGGCAGCGGCAGAGAGGAGAAGCCGGGGGCCGACAGCGAUGCGGAGGUGGAGAAGGCGCCCGAGGAACGGCCGGCGGCGGCGGCCAGUCCCGGCGGGGAGGACGCGACGCCCCGCAGCAGCCCCCGGUGCCCGGAGGAGCGGAGCAAGGAAAGGCGCAGCCCGGAGAAGGCCAAGGAUGGCGCGUCCCCCCGGGAGGGUCCCGGCGAGGGUCUGUUCGGCACACGGGGCCUGGAGAAGGACAAGGUGGAAGGACGGAGGAAAGAGCCGGACCCGGGCAAGAAGGACGCGGAGGGCGGCGGGCUGGGCAAGGAGGCCUUCGCCCCGCUGAUGGUGCAUACGGACAGCCCCCCACACCUGAGCGCCGGGCACCUGCAGAGCCUGGCACUCUCCGGCCUCCACGGGCAGCAGUUCUUCAGCCCCCUGGGCGCCGGGCAGCCCCUCUUCAUCCACCCGGGACAGUUCGCCAUGGCCCCCGGCGCCUUCUCCGCCAUGGGCAUGGGACACUUGCUGGCCUCGGUGACUGGCGGGGGAAGCUUGGAGAAUGGAGCCCUCUCGUCCGCCCCGGGCACGGCGGGGACGGCCACCCCCUUCCCGUUCCACCUCUCCCAGCACAUGCUGGCCUCUCAGGGAAUCCCGAUGCCCACCUUCGGCGGACUCUUCCCCUACCCUUACACCUACAUGGCGGCGGCCGCGGCGGCCGCUUCGGCCAUGCCGGCCACCAGCGCGGCGGCUGCUGGGCCGCUUUCCCGCAAUCCCUUCCUGGGCAGCAGCCGUCCCCGCCUGCGCUUCAGCCCCUACCAGCUCCCGGUCACCAUCCCACCCAGCACCAACCUGCUGACCACCGGCCUGCCCGCCAGCCUCAACCCCGGCUCCGAAGGCUCCAAGGCCGGCAGCAGCCGGGAAUCCAGCCCCCUUCCCGAGGUUCCCCUGCACAAGGGGGGCAGCCAGCGCCCCGCCGCCUCCCCCAAGGGCUCCCUGAAGGAGUCCCUCAACGAACUGCAAAACAUCCAGAGACUGGUGAGCGGGCUGGAGAGCCAGCGGGAAUUGUCACCCGGCAGGGAGUCCCCCAAGUGA